CCCAGGAGACCGAUCUCACGCUACACAAAAGAUUCAGCAAAUACGGACCGAUUGUGGGUCUUCGACAGUCAACGUCUCAGGCUAAUGCGAUACAGGUGGCCAUCGAGUACAAUCCUUUGCAGAGGGAGUGGUCGCAGUCUACUUAUGCGUCUGCGAGAGUACUAUUCCAGACUCCGGAUGCAGCGAGGCGGGCGAUUGUUCAUGAGGUGGGUCUUGUGAGGUUUUCACACAUUGUAAAUUGAUCCCUUCCUCAGUCUGGUGCCGUCUCAUUCGGAUCCUCCAUCAAAGUCGAAGAGCGAAGGGUCUUGCCAGUCGACGUCGAGGUGAGCUGUUCGACUCGGACAGAAUGAGCUCACACCAACUAGAUUCGAGAAAUGUUCCUAGACCAUCUCAACCGGCCAGUGGAUCCUUCCAUGGCGUCCCAAUACUCGCCUCCGUCAGUGCAUAAGCAGAGCCACAGCGUUGCACCUGUAGCUCCUCCGCCCCAGAGGCCGUGGGCCGGGCCUGCCGAUACCAGGGUAAUGUCUCAAGGCGAAUACCUCCAUCUCCGCGGCGAGCCUAAGGUUAUGUUCGGCUAUGGGCCGGCUCCACAGUUUUGGUAUAAUCAAGCUGCGAUCGCCCAACAGCCAAUGGCAAUUGGAGCGCGCCGAUCUCAUUCAGCUCACACAUCGAUACUCCCCCCGACUCCACCCCAGAUGCCGAGCGGACAAUUGCACGCUGCUCCAUCCUUGCCCUUCGCUUCCAUUCCACCAAGUCAGAUGAUCCCUAUGAUCCAAUGUAUGGGUCAGAACUACUAUCCCUACCCAGUCCCCAAUGGAGUCUACACCCCAGACAUGUUCCACCCAGCAGGAGCACCCAUCCCUCCGCCUAUGCCCGUGCCAAUUCAGUCAUCGCCUCAAAGUCCUGUGGAUCACACUUCGCCAAUGGAACCCGACAACAUCGAACAGCCGCUGAAAUCCUCUCCCGAUGCGGGACACAGCUCGCCGAUCCGUAUUAAAGAGUUUGUUAUGAAGAACGGCAAUUAUACUCCAGUUUACGAUCCCGAGGACCUCGAGCGGUAUUACAAGGACCGAGGUAUGACACUUCCCCAAGCGGCGCAUCAACAACGUCAGUCAACCGAGGGAGACCAAGGGCGAGGUCAGUCGGAGGAGAGUGGCACAGAAAAUGCAGCGAAGGAGACCCGAGUGGAAGGCAGUGCCGAGGACAAAGUAAAGACUACUCACGCUGACUCCUCUCGGACCGGACUUGAGGUUUCUGAAGACAUCGUGGACACUCUACCCAACCCCUACGUCCAAUUGGUCUCGACGACAGUGCGCCACGCUCAUCCCCGAAAAAGGAUCCCGCGUAUGCUCGAUCUACCCUCUCGACCGAUGGGCAAGAGCGACAAUGUGUCGCAGAGCUCUAGGGAUAUUUGAGUCUGGGGAUGCUUUGCUAGGAAGUAUCUGUACGGCAAGAUGAUUCUCGUUUUCGACAGAGAUACCCCUGGCUUCACUCGAACGAUUUCGUCUGAUAUCCGUUUCCACCUGUGUGUAUGAUAUUUUCU